AUGGCCAAGAGAGGAUCUACCCGCCAGCCCUACAAGUUUUUCGGGAUCGAUUCUCCCUUACCCCAAGCAGGCCUUGUAUUCCCGCAAGAUCUGGCGUUUCAUGCCAAAUGGCCUCGGAGGUUGAGAAAAGGAGAGCCACUUUCCGAACAAGGUCUGGUCAUCGCAAACCACUUUAGGGAAGCCUACGUUUGCACCUCAGUACCCCUGGACCCUGAAUCGGAGCAUUAUAUCACUGGAUACAAGCCACAAGUCGAAGCAAAGAACGCUCAUCACAUACUGCUGUUCGGAUGUGAAGAACCCGGAAGUGACGAGGAAGUCUGGUGA